AACUACACUUUGACGUUUAUAAACGUAAACAAAACAAGCAUAUCAAGCUCUUGAGAAAAAGUGCAUUCUUUUUGCAAAAAUAUUGCUUUAAAAAUGAUAUCAACAGUAUAUUUGGGCUCAACUAUCAUCACUAGAGUAUCCCCAAACUCGACGUUAAGGAGGAUAAAGGAUCAAAUCCACUAUGAAGCGGGCAUUCAUCCGGAAGAUUACUACGUGCUCGUCAAUGGGCGUCGCGUUGGAGAAGACGACUUGAUUCCACGAGGAUGUGGUCCAUUGAACAUAGUACUCCGUCAGAAGGGCGGAAAAGGAGGUUUUGGAUCGAUGCUUCGUGCGAUUGGCGCCCAAAUUGAGAAGACAACCAACAGAGAAGCCUGUCGUGACCUCAGCGGUAGGCGUUUGAGAGAUAUCAACGAAGAGCAACGUCUCAAAGCAUGGCUGGAGAAGCAAAAGGAUGUGGAGAGUGAGAAGCAAGAGCGAAAGAAGCAGAAACUACAGAAGCUUCUGCAAGAACCGAAAUUCGAAUUCAACGAUAAGGAGUACGAGAAAGCCAGGAGUGAGAUGACGGAGAAAGUUGAUGACGCUGUGGAGAAGGGAUUCAAGAAGGCUGUGGAAAUUGCUGCUGGAACUUCUGGAGGUGUUAAGCGAAAGACCACGGAAGCUGCACUGGGGGAGAAAGGAAAGAAGAAGAAAAAGAAGACCACCCUGUGGAUUGCCGAUGAUCUCAGUUCUUCAUCUGAUACCGAUACGGAUACAGAUUCAGAAGCAGAAUCGUCAGAAAUAAAAGGAGAGAAUUCAGCAUCUACGUCAAAUGCAGACGAGAAGGAAAUUCCGAAGAUUUCCGAGGAAAGCAAUCAGAGCAGCUCCUCUUUAGUUGACAAAUAAGCUGAAUGCACUCAUUUUGCGCUGAUACGCAAAAAUGUGGGAGAUUUAUUUAUGACGGGUCUGUGUGUAAAACAAAACUGUAUCAUGGAGGAGUUUAAUGUGUGAGUCACAUUGAAGUACAUAUAACAUAAUGUUAUCUUGUUAGUGAUAAGUGUGUGCAGCCUCUGCGAAGGGGAAGAAUUAAUAAAAACAAUUGUAGACGGAAA